ACAGACCAAGUGGCCCUAUAAAAAGCAGCGCUGGUCGCUGCGCAGCUCAGACUCUCUUCGCUCAGGUGCGCCUUGGACACAGAGACGCGCGUUAUGGAGCGCACGUUCCGAGAGCAGCUCUUCUUUCUGGUGUUGUGUCUGUCUGUCCUCACGGGAGACUCCAGAUAUAUUGAGAACAACGAGAUCUCAAAUGAUGAAUGGUAUUCAUUGUUCAACCCGGAACUUAGGAGAGAAACACCUGAGGACUUAAUGUAUCGCCGACCUUUACGUUGUCUGGACAUGGUUGCAGUGGAGGGUCAGUUCACCUUCACAGCUGAGCGUCCUCAGCUCAGCUGUGCUGCCUUCUUCAUGGCAGAGCCCAGUGAAGUCAUCACUGUGGAGUUUGACAGGGUGGACAUCGACUGCGGGGGAGGGGACUUCAUCACGGUUUUUGAUGGCUGGGUGAUGAAAGGAGAAAAGUUCCCCAGCUCCCAGGAUCACCCGCUGCCUCUGUUUGAGCGCUAUGUGGACUACUGUGACUCGGGGACGCUGAGGAGAAGGGUGAGCUCCUCUCAGAAUGUGGCCAUGCUCUUCUUUCGCAUUCACAGUGCUGGAAGCAGCUUCACCCUGACAGUCAGGAAACACAUCAACCCUUUCCCAUGUAAUGUUAUCUCCCAGUCACCAGAGGGCAGUUACACGAUGGUGAUCCCGCAGCAGCACAGGAACUGCAGCUUUUCCAUUAUAUAUCCAGUGGAGAUUAACAUCUCAGAGUUCAGCCUGGGACACUACAGCAACUUCCCCAAGAGGUCCAUGCCUGGCUGCACAGAAUCAGGAGAUUUCGUGCAGCUGCUGGGAGGAAGUGGCAUCGACACAUCGAAGCUGCUGCCCAUCACAGACCUCUGCAUCUCCUUCCCUGGACCCAUCCACAUGAAGAUCGGCUGUGACAACACAGUGGUGAGGAUGGUGUCCAGUGGCAGGUUUGUCACCCGAGUGUCUUUCAGCUACCGGCUACUGGACAGUCAGGAGCUACAGAUGAUCAGGCUCAACAGUGUGGAAGAUUUCUGUUUCAAUAACUGAUCCCCUCAGGAUCAGGAAGUGCAUCAGAAAUGAUUUUAUUAAAAACCACAGAUCCACCCAGUCAGUCCAAAGACAUGAACAUAAAAAUAUAUGAAAAUUAAGAUCUAUAAAAACUCACUGGGCAGACAGUUUUUCAUCUUUGAUUCAUUCUGGUUGUUUAAAUAAAGCUCAAUGAAGUCUG